AUGAGGCAACAGAAAAGAAUUAUUAAAAACAAAAAAAAGCAAACUGGAUCGAACGUCAUAUAUUUGGACGACAGGGGGGUGGGUUUCAAGAGAUGGGGCGAGCUAGAGAGGGAGAAAAAAACGGUUCAAGUAGUUGAAUUGGAAACAUUACGCAUUGGAUCUAGGAUAUUGUUUGAGGCUCGAUGUGUUGCCGCCAGCCGCCCCGCAAUGGAGGGCGUUAUCGAUAAACGAGCGAGUACUAGCUUGCGUAGGGUAUUCAUGUACGCACUAUCAUUGACAUCUUUGACCUCUCUCCCCGGGUUAGGUACGGCCUGA